ACCUUACACACCAAGAGACGUUCAACCAUGGCCGAGUACUGGAAAUCAAACGCCAAAUUCUGGUGUCGCUUUUGCAAGAUCUACAUCACCGACAACAAGUCUACACGGAAUAUCCAUGACUCGGGAACAAAGCACAAGGAGAACGUGGAGCGGUUUCUUCGCGAGCAGAACCAGCGCGGCAAGGAAAAGGAGGCAGAGACCGCCAGGAUGAACAAGCAGAUGGAGGCGAUUGAAAAAGCGGCCAUGAGGCAGUAUCAGCUGGAUGUGGAGGCAGGGCUCGUCCAACCAAACACAUCUUCGCCGGCAUUUGGAUCUGCAAAGGGACCAACAACACAGGACACAAAGGCAUCAUCAACUUCAACCGCGCCAGUAGCUGCAAAGGCGGCUCCAUCUGGAGUAGAGCCGUCAGCAAACACACAGCCAUCUUCGAAAACAACUUCAAAAACUGGAACAGGCGCGACUGGAUCAAAUUCGGAGCCAUUGGCGGCACCAAAAUCAUUAACAGAGACAUUACAGGCGUCAAAUGUGGCCAGGGACGAGAAUGUUGGUCAGCCUGGCGAAUGGCAAACAGUCGAGGUCCCAGCACCUAGAGUGACACAUAUACAGGCAGACAAUGAAUUAAGAAAUAACGAGGGCGGAAACCAUUACGUCCCUGGUGCGGAUGAUGACGAGGACGCGGUUGAUCCAGAGGACUUGCGGGGAUUCAAGAUUGUGGAAAAGACAUAUCCAGUCGAUCCUGAUCUGCCAAGCGAAGAUGGAAAUGGCGAGAGUUCAGGUGCAGCGGUGUUCAAGAAGCGGAAAGCUGGCGCUAGUAAACCCAGGAACAUUCGGCGCAAGGUGUAAAAAAAAAA